CAGGCUACUUGUGAAAUACGAUCUAGUUCCAACAAAUUACCAGUCUAAUCACAAAGAUAGCCAUUGCUGUCCUACUAACACACUUGCGGUAGCUUGGAAAGUCGGCUUUUACCCACCGUUGGUGCAGAUUCGGCAACAUGGCAGAUACAACAGGCAAGACAAUCACGUGCAAGGCAGCAGUGGCAUGGGGAGUCAACAAACCUUUGAUCAUCGAGACGGUGGACGUGGCGCCCCCUAAAGCCGGGGAAGCCAGAAUAAAGAUGAUCUGCACUAGUAUCUGCCACAGCGACGCUCACAAUAUCUGGAGGGAGGAAGGGAAGAAGACGUUUCCAAUUGUACUCGGCCACGAGGGUGCUGGCGUGGUAGAGAGUAUCGGAGAAGGGGUCACUACCCUGAAGCCCGGGGACCAUGUUAUACCGAUCUUUCUGCCAAACUGUGGAGAAUGCAAGCCAUGUAAGAGCCAAGAUUCGAACAUGUGCCAGAAAUUUGACCUCACUGUCUUCGGUCACGUAAUGCGUGACGGCACCACUCGAAUUACCCUGAAGGACGGUCGCAGCGUACUGCAAAUGGCUGCCACUGGAACCUUUAGCGAAUAUACUGUCAUCAAUGAGAUCCAACUUGCCAAGAUUGACAAGGCAGCGCCGAUGGAAAAGGUUUGUCUCAUCGGUUGUGGCUUCUCUACUGGUUACGGCGCGGCUCUGAAUACGGCCAAAGUCAAGCCUGGCUCCAGCUGUGCAAUUUGGGGCAUGGGAGGUAUAGGUCUGUCCGCAGCAAUGGGCUGCAAGGCUAAUGGUGCCACCAAGAUCAUUGGCGUUGACAUCAAUGACGACAAGAAAACAAAGGCAUUGGAGGUGGGUUGCACCGACUUCGUCAACCCGACUAAGCACGAGAAAGCCGUAGAGCUGGUGUUAGGUGAGAUGACAGGUGGAGGGUGUGACUAUACAUUUGAGUGCAUCGGCAACAACAGGACUAUGUCGGCUGCUCUGAAAAGCGCUCGCCCCGGUGGUGGACUCGCUGUCAUUUUGGGAGUUACAGAAGUGGGAUCUACAGCCGCCAUUGGAGCAUGGGACCUUGUUGCCGGCAGAACCUUGACUGGAUGCUUCUUUGGAGGUUACAAAGGACGUGAAAGCAUACCAAGACUAGUCAAUGAAUUCCAGGCUGGUAAAAUAACCCUAGAUCCUCUUAUCACCCAUCAAUUGAAACUGGAGGAGAUUAACACAGGAUUCGACAUGCUGAAGGAAGGCAAAUGUAUUCGAACCCUGGUCACACUGUAGAGGAACCUGUAUGUGUAGAACCUGAUCGAGCUGUAUGGGUUCGUCGGCAUAAAACGCAAUGAAAAUCGUGAAGUGUUCGGGUAAACAAGAGAAGCCAACAACUAAAUCCUCAUCUUCAACGAAAACAAAUAAAGAAGAUUUGUUUGCUACUGACCAACUGCACCAUGGACUAAAAUUAGAUCCGAGCUACAUGCAUGUAUGUACGGAUUAACUGUUCAUAUCAAAAUGGAAAAAAGUGGUGUUGCAACCGCCCAUAGAAAAUGA